AUGACUGCACUCCAAAUCUCGAGCAUCAUCGCGGCGCGCGUUGCCGGCGCCGGGCGGUCCUGCGGGUGCGUCGCAUUGUGCACGAGCCCGUUGAAGUCGAGGCGGGCGAGGGCGGUGACGGACCCGGUCGGCGACCCGCUCUACGUGCUCUGCCUCGGUGCGCCGACCAACGUCGCCAAUGCCCUGUUGAUUGCUCCCGAGAUCGCGGCCAACAUCGUGGUGGUGUGGGACGCGAGCUCGAGCCUCACGGACGGGCGAGUGGUCCUGGGCGGCCUCAACCUCAACUCGGAUUUGGUCGCGACCCGGGGCGAGGGUCCCGUGUCGGAUGCCCUCUGGGAGCGCUACGCGACCAACCCAGAUUACUUCUCCUUUGGGACCUCCAAGUGGAACCAGCCCGGCACCACCCGCAUGAUGUGGGACACCUUCCUCCGUGAUCCAGCCGUUCGUGCAGGGGCAGACGUUUGGGGCACCUACCCCGGCGACCCAGCGGGGCACCUGGGAGAGUACACGUGCGAACAACUCUCCGAGGACGGGAGGACCUGCGACGACGCCCUCUUCUUGACCGCCGGCGAGCGCGUGCCCACGCAUGCGCCGACGCCCGGCGCGGGCGGAAGGGCCGACGCGGGUGCGUGGGCACUUGGCGAGACUGGCGCGGGCCGGUCGGUGGUUGAGAUGACCUACCAGGGUGGGCUCGCGAGCCGGUCCAACCCGAACCGCGACCUGCUGGUUAAGCUGAACCUGGCUGGCUUGGGAUUUUUGCGGGUCAGCUCGACAAAUCAAUCUGGAGCUGUGUCGCCGGCGCGCGGCGGCCUGCCUCCGGAGGUUGGCGCGGAGAAGCUGCUGAGCGCGCUGGACCUGCUGCUGAACGGUGGCCAUGUCGGGCGCGCUGGCGACAACAUCCGCCGCGUCGGCGACUUGAUUUGA